AUGAGAAGCUUCAGUUCGGUUCUGCUGGCCGUCGCCGCGCUGGGGGCCGCCAGCGGCGAGAAGAGCGAUGACCCAAGUCAGAAAGGUUCCGCAGAGCCUGACGAAAACAAGAAAGUGCCGAUAGACAAUGCAGAGUACAUCACAGCGGGGACAGAUAUGGGUAGUGAAAAGACAAUCAUAGAGCGCAGCGGCACCUACGCCUACGCGCCUCAGACGGGUUCUACCGCUGACUGCCCUGCAGCAGUCUCCUAUUGGAAAAAAGCCUACGUAAACCUUGGGGACCUUCCACCCGAGUACGAAGGCAACACAGGGGUGUAUGAGGAUAGCCGAAACCGCUCGCUUGUGGCCCUAUACAACCCCAACAAGGGCGCCACAGUCGACUGCGCCUAUAUCACAUGUCCUGUCUCCCCCACGUCCACCACAACCGUUGCUACCUCUGCAGGAUCAACUUCUGAGGAAGGGGAAGAAGAUGAAGACCUUACCGAAGACGGCGCUAAGCGCUUAAGUGAAGAACGAGAAGCUGCGGGUUCAGCGAGCUCGGGAGACCAGCCGAAGACCGGGCCGACAGUUCGGCGCCUCUCCACACCCUCGGAGACGGUUACCGGCCUCGUUUGCCUCACUAAUCCUGCAGCUCUUGAAAACGGGAAAAAGCCAUUCUCGGAGGAGGUUUGGGAAGACAUACAGGAAGCCAUAGAAAACUCCGCCUCUGCCUCUACGCAGUCUGCUCUCCUCGCUACCGGUUUGAUUCUGUUCACUUCUUCCAUCAUUCUCUAG